AGUGAUGAUCAUGUCGUGAAUACGAUGGCAGAGGUGACUGAGCUGAAACUGGGCUGAAAUUUUUGAAUGCUCUAUCGACGCUGUUCGUGAGUCGAAAAAGGCAUAUAAGAGGACCAUGUCGCCCCAGCAGAUAGAAAUCAUCAGCAGCACAAACACUCGAACAAUUACAAGAACAAUUAUUCUCUACCAACUACAAACAUCGCCUCAUUGAUCACAAUGCCUUCCUUCAGCACUAUUCUCAGCGGCAUGGUCCUCCUCCUUGCAGGAAGCGCCAUGGCAGGACAGAACUGCAAGUGCCAGGACCCAAGCGGUACUGGACCCCAGUACAAUGACGCCACCGAAACUUGCUGCGGCAAGCUUCAAUGCGGUGGUCCAGCAGGCAUUGGCGGCUCUUACUACCCAGGACCCAACCACCAGUGCUCCGCCAGCGGUACCAACUGCCUGGACUCGGGAGCUUUCGUACAAUGCUGCAAGGACCUUGGCGGCCCAGGCGCUUACUGCUGGAACUAAAAGGUCAUGUCAGGGACUUGGCCGGCUUGAAAUGGUUCCCGAU